AUGUCUGAAUGUAUCUAUGACCCCAGCUUGUCUCGCCGGUUCCCCCCAAGGCACGCCCAGCGUACAUUUGAAUGGCACGACACCGGGACCGUUGUUGACAAGGCCGGUCUCGGGAAGCUCGGUGUCCUUCCAUUUGAGACGCUGCAGCAGAUUCUCGUCGACACCGACAUGCGAAGCCUCAUCCGCCUCCAGAGCGUCUGCAAGAACAUGAGGCGCGCCGUGGACACGAUCGCCGAGUUCCAUACUCUCCUCCGGUGCACACCCGACACCAUUCGCAUCAUGACCGCCGCCAAGGUCGACAGCAUGAUUGCCUGUCGCGAGCUCUACCGUGUCUUUUGCCGACCGAUGUGCGAUCUGUGUGACAAGCCGGGCGAAUACCUGUACUUGCUCGCCUGCCAUCGUCUCUGCUUUCACUGCCUCAGGUCGAACCCGCGAUACCGGCCGCUCCGCCCCAUGGAGGCUGUGCACCAGUUCGACUUUCCUGUGUGGCAGCUACCGUCUCUGCCGAUGUUACAGGUGCCGAAGUACUCGCCGAAGGCGCGGUACCGGCGGCAUUGGGGAUGGACUAAUACUACGGGCUGGCGCCUCAUUGACCGUGAGGUCGCGCUCCGUCACAGCAUGAUCGCCUCUCGACGCUCUUCGGUAUGCAUUGGCAGCGCCGUGAGCUCCAAGCUGAGUAUGAUCCGUCAGUCUGGUGCCCCCAAGACGAGAGAACGACUCUUACGUUAUUACAAGACGCCCUCUCAUCAGGUAGCCUUCUCUGCCUCUGUCUUGUUUCCUUACUACGAUGAGGGUACUGGGUGGGUGUGCAAGCCCUGUGUGCGACAUGUCAGAACUCCUGAUCUAUGA